AUGAGCUACUAUUAUGCAGGUCAGCCAUCUUACCCAGCGCGCACCGCGCACACGACCAGUCCUCUGACCACCGGUUCAGCCGUAGCGUAUCCAACGUCUUCUUCCUCUUCACACUACCGUUCAUCUUCUUCAACGCAGCAGCAGCCAACCACGUAUCGAAUGGCUCUGAACGAGUACCUCCAGCAAUUGCGGCGACAAAACGAGGUCAGCUGGUCAGAGAGUUGCGAGGGUCGUCGCGAGCGUCCACAUUGGACAGUUACUUGCCGAAUUUCCAAUGUCGAGUACGGCUCCGGCCGCGCUUUGACAAAGGCUAGAGCAAAGGAGCUCGCAGCAAAGGAGGCUCUCGAGGCUCUACAACGACAAGCGACUUAUGCUGCUCAAUGGCAAACCGCCUGUUCCACUUAUCCAACAACUUCGAAUUAUCCUACCACAUACUAUUACCAGGCCCAACAGUAUCCAACCAGCUAUUAUCAAUACUAUACAAGAUAG